AUGGGUUCUGAAUCAGUUAUUGAAAGUAAGCCCUCGGUGGAAAACCGGGAGGCGGUUGAUGAUGCGAGCUCCAACCACAAUGUCGAACGGCAGCAGGUUCUGUCCGUUGGGCUCAACGAUGCCAUCACCAAGGACCGUAUGUCACCCUGGUCUUGGGCAAUGUUCCGCCUCUAUGGGAUUGUUGCUUUAACUACCUUGAACUGUUGCAUGAACGGAUUUGACGGAACCCUCAUGUCCUCCAUCAACGCCAUGCCGACCUUCCAUGAGCACUUUGGCACCCGUAUGCAAGGCAGUGGCACUGGUAUCCUAUUUUCUAUCUACGCUAUAGGCAAUUUGGCAGGUGCAGUGGUUGCUGCACCCGCUGCAGAUACCUUUGGUCGACGCUUUGGCAUGUUCACUGGCUCGCUGGUGAUCGUCGUUGGGACGAUUUUGGAAGCCUCCGCCCCUAGAGUUGCUCAGUUCAUCGGGGGCCGAUUUCUGAUCGGGAUGGGGAUCAGCAUAUCCAAUACAUCAGCACCAAUUUAUCUAGUGGAGGUCGCUCUCCCGCAGUGGCGUGGAAUAUUUGGAGGAUUGUAUAACGUCGUGGGAUAUUAUACCGGGGCACUAGCCUGUACAUGGAUUGCUUACGGAACUGGUUUCCUGGGUACCAACUGGUCGUGGAGAAUACCAGUGAUCAUUCAGGCUGCCCCCUCUGUUAUCGUCCUGGCGGUUGCCUUUUUCAUGCCCGAGAGUCCUCGGUGGCUAUUUGCUAACAAUAAACCCGAACAAGCCAGGCAGAUGCUGGUCAGAUACCACGGUAAUGGCGACCCUAACUCUGCGCUUGUUGCCCACGAAUGCGGUGAGAUCGAGGAAGGCAUUCGCUUCGAAGUAGAGAACGGGGGCCGUCGAUGGUGGGAUUACAAAGUCUUGUUCUCAUCCCGAGACAUGCUUUAUCGCCUCUGGCUGCUGUUCCUCGUUUGUGUGUUUUCGCAAUUCAUCGGCGGAUCCGUCAUUACAUACUUCAUGCCAGUCAUGCUCCAGAACGCCGGAAUUACCGACUCGUCACAACAGCUUCUUUUGAAUGCUCUCAAUACGGUGUUUUCCUUUAUUGGUGGUAUCUGUGGUAGUUGUUUCGUCGACCGCUGGGGUCGCCGUACUCUUUUCCUUUAUGGCACAUUUAUCACCGGCCUGAUUUAUAUCCCCAUCAACGUAAUCUCCUCCUACGAAGGAUCUAGUCUCACAACCAGCAUGGGAUAUGGCUUCAUAGCUUGUAUUUUCCUCUACGGCAUCGUUUUCUCCUUCAGUUGGACUCCACUGCAGUCACUCUAUCCGGCAGAGAUUCUCCCCAGCCGCGUCCGAGCAAAGGGAAUGGCUUUCCAAAACGUGGUAUACGGUGGCUCUAACUUCAUCAAUAUGUAUGCUACCCCAGUGGGGAUGGACAACAUUGGUUGGCGGAUGUAUAUUAUCUUCUUGGUCUUACAUUUCCUCGAAUACGCUUUCAUGUUCUUCACUCUCCCGGAAACCAAGGGUCGUACUAUCGAGGAGCUGGAACAGCUUUUCCUCGAAAAGAAUCCAGUCAAGGCAUCUCUGAAGAAGAAGAAGGUGAUCGUUCGCGAGGGCAUGGGCGUCAAGGAGGUUCUUGAGUAG